AUGAAUCCUGCCCAAGGACAUUCUUUUCGACGUCAAACGGAUGCAUUAAAUGUAUUGUACCUUAACGCGAGAAGUUUGAAAGCGUUUGUUCCAUCAAUGCAAGAUUACCCUUCUGCAACAUCUAGUGUACAGUGCAACGUAUGACAUUGUAUGUAUUUGUGAAACAUAGCUAAACGCAACUGUCUUGAGUAGUGAACUGUUGCCUGGUUACUCCAUCUUCCGGCGCGAUAGAGUGGGAAAGAUCGGUGGUGGCGUGCUUGUGGCUGUCAAGAACAACAUACAUGCAACUCGUAGACUUGAUCUUGAAAAACAAAACACGGAGGCACAAAGACAACCCGAGGCUAUUUUGGAGUUAUCAUAAGGCGGUUUUCCAUCAUCGAUCAACCCAAACUCCAACAAUUCCCCACAAGGGAAAUCUGGCAAAAACGCCUUCAGACAAAGCUGAACUUUUCAAUUCUUAUUUCUCCUCUGUGUUUCAACCUUCAAGACCCAAUCAACAUCAAACCUGCACCUUCUCUUCGUCCCAAUUACGAACUGACACUCAACUACGGGAGAUAGAGCUUAGUGAACACGACGUCGCUAAUUGCCUAAAAAAUCUUGAUACAUCCAAAGCAAGUGGUCCCGACGGAAUUCCUGCAAGGUCUUCUAAAAGAAUGCAGUCAACAAAUCGCUCCGAGUCUUUGUUAUCUCUUCAACCUCUCCCUACAAUCCAGUUGGAUUCCUUCCGAGUAGAAAUCAGCAGACGUGGCACCGAUCCAUAAGAAAGAUUCGAAGGAGCCAGCGGAAAACUAUCGACCCAUUUCGUUACUGCCAAUUGUCAGUAAAGUCUUGGAACGACAACUUUUUUACGACCACAUUCUACAUCACAUUAGCCAAGCUCAACAUGGUUUUCUUCGAAAACGCUCGUGUGUGACUCAACUGCUAUCAGUAUUCCACACUAUUGGACAUGAUCUAGAUAAGAAUAUUCAGACGGACGUCUUGUAUCUGGAUUUCGCUAAGGCUUUCGACUCCGUGGAUCACGCAAUCGUUCUCGAGAAACUGCGUGGUUACGGUGUGACAGGAUCAGUUUUGGGUUGGUUUGCAGACUAUUUGAAUGGUAAGACUCAGAGAGUCGUUGUAGAUGGUGUAGCUUCGACAUGGUCACCAGUCACCUCUGGAGUGCCUCAAGGAAGUAUUCUCGGUCCGUUAUUGUUUGUCAUCUUUAUUAACGAUCUCCCAGAUGUUGUGCAAAAUGGAACUGAAACAGCCCUGUAUGCCGACGAUACUAAAUUGCACAAUACAAUUAGCUCUACUGAUGACUGCAAAUGUUUACAAUAA